AUGGCUACCACAAUGCCGGUCGUAACAACCACAGUGCCAGCCGUGACAUAUCCGCCGCAAGCCGUGACAACCUCAAUGACAACUACCAGAACUGUCGAGACAACCGCACUGUCAUCUGUGAAAACCGCACUGCCCGCCGUGACAACCACACGGCCAGCCUCAACAACCAAAAUACCAGCUUUCACAGAUGCAAUUCCGGCAGUGACAACUACAUUGCUGGAUAUGACAACCACAGACAAAGAGUUUGCAACCAGCGUGAUGAUACGGAGCAAGCGACUUGGGAAUUUAAACCAAGACACAUCGACGACCAGGAAAACUGCAAGCUGCGUUCGAGUAGGAACAAACUACUCGGACUGGUUCACACUUCUCAGCGGCGUACGCCAAGGUUGUGUCCUGGCUCCAACGCUGUUUAACAUCGCCAUUGACCAUGUAAUGUCCAGGACUGUUGGCCGAGGGAUGUGUGGAGUUACGUACGGUCAACAUACAUUCACAGACAUGGAUUACGCCGACGACGUGGCACUGCUUGCAGAGUUGUUCGAUGCCCUUGUCAGCACGCUGGAGAUCUUUUCAGCCGAGAGUCAAAACCUGGGUCUAGAAGUCAGCUGGCUGAAGACUAAGGUGCAGUCCCUCAGUGACUUUCUUGAUCAACCUACCUGUCCACCGAUCAAUGGAGAGUCAGUAGAGGUGGUUUCAUGCUUCACCUAUCUCGGCAGCGUUAUUACGCAGGACUGCAAGUCUGACCAAGAUGUCAAGCGCAGACUCGGAAUCGCCUCUGCAGCCUUUGCCAGCCUUAGCCGUGUAUGGCGCUGCAAGCAUCUCUCCAGAACGGCCAAGCUGAAGGUGUACAACACUCUGGUUCUUUCAGUGCUCCUGUAUGGAGCCGAGUCAUGGACUCUCACCAAGUCACUGAAACAGAAACUAGACUCCUUCGAUUCACAGUGCCUUAGAAGCAUCGAGGGCAUCCGCUGGCAGGACCAUGUCACCAACGAAGUAGUACGCCACACAACAAACCAGAUCCCGGUCAGCCAGAAGAUCACCAAGUACCAGCUUAACCUUCUGGGACACAUCUCCAGAGCAACACCGACCCAGGAAGUGAUCAAAUUGAUCACCUCAGUUCCAGAUUCAACUUGGAGGCGCCCCAGAGGCCGUCCUAGGAGCAGAUGGGAGGACCAAGUCUUCAACGUGCUGGACACCACAGGGGUCAGCAGAUCUGACUGGAGAACUCUGGCUGAAAACAGAACAUCUUGGAGGGACAUGUCUACAGCCGCUAUGCAUCUCCCCUGA